CAUCAGCACGUUUAAACCACCCGCCUUUCUCCACUCCAUUGCCUUGCCAAGAUCUGUUGCUCGCUCGCUGGUUGCUGCCACUAACGGUUCAAAUUUCAGACUCUCGGUAAUUUUUACGUCUCGUUUGAUGGAGAAAACGUUCACUCUACUCCAAACGGUUGCUGCAGCCGGAGUGUUUUCUGCCGUUUCCUUCUGGUAUGGGUUCAUGUUCGGAAGGGAAUCUGCCAGGAAAGAGCUUGGAGACUUGAUUGAAGACCUCCGACGCAGAAAUCUGAAUACCAGUUCACCCCAUGAUUGAUGACCAGCUUCUCUUGACGGUGCAGGUUCAGAAGUACCCGAUAGGCAAUGGGCACACAAGGAAUAGAGGAUUCUCUUUGUUAAUGCACUACAGCUUAGGAUCCUUCUUGAUGUAGUUUCUACUCUGAAUCAUUGUUACAAAUGAUCUGAGCCAGGUCGAGGAUUGUCAGAGUCAAGUAAAUUUUAUUUUUUGAGUUGUAACAUAAGGAACAAUUAGAGCUACCGUCCUAAGCCAAGUUUUAUAAACAAGGUUUCUGAAACUUGUACUAAGAAAUAUUAACUGCAAUUGAAAUUGCAUUUGCUUUGGUCUGUACUUUUUUCUUGAAAAUUCUACUAAUUGAAUUCGAGCCCUUAUAUGCCUAUUUGCCAGAA